AUGGACAUUGAAAUUUAUUAUCAACGAAUGCGUUCGGAUGAAGUAUUCAAUGUAAUACGUAAUUUAUCCGAAAAAUUUGCUAUGAUGAAUCAUCAUGAAAAUGAUAUACAAAUGGCCGAUAUUUUAUCACGUGAUUCGGUAACAGUUUCCGUUGAUGCUGUUGUUUAUUUUCGUAUUAGUAAUGCAACAGUUGCCGUUUCGAAUGUUGAAGAUUAUGGCCGAUCAACUCGUUUGUUGGCUGCUACAACAUUGAGAAAUGUUCUUGGUACUAAAGAUCUAUCGCAAAUUCUAAGCGAACGUGAAUCAAUAUCGCAUGUUAUGCAAAGUUCAUUGGAUGAAGCAACCGAUCCAUGGGGUGUUAAAGUUGAACGUGUUGAAAUUAAAGAUGUCCGGUUACCAGUACAAUUACAACGUGCAAUGGCAGCUGAAGCUGAAGCAGCACGUGAAGCACGUGCCAAAGUUAUUGCUGCUGAAGGUGAACAACGUGCAUCACAAGCAUUAAGACAAGCAGCUGAAGUUAUGUCCGGUAAUCCGGCUGCAUUACAAUUACGUUAUCUACAAACAUUAAGUUCAAUUGCAGCGGAAAAAAAUUCAACAAUUGUUUUUCCGAUACCAUUGGAAUUAUUCAAGGCGAUAAUACCGAAAUUGGAUAGAAAAAAUUCAUCCGAACAAGUAGCAAAAAAUGUUUGAACAUUGAAACAAACAACAACAACAUUCAUUCAUUUUAGCCAUCAUCCUCAUCAUCUUCAUUUGGCCACUUUGUAUCUUUUUUUUCUACAUAGGGAAAAAAAGAUACAAAAAAAAAACGAUACAUUUGUAGCAAACUUACCUACACAAACACACAAAUACAGAAGAAAGGUUAAAGAAGGGUUAAGAAAAAAAAUCAUUUAUUUUUAUUAAAUUCAAACAAAAACAUUUAAAACAUAUAAAAAACGACAAACGAAAUAAAGGAAUGUUUUUGGAAA